AUGGACAACAUCGAAUAUGCCGGAUGUGAGGAGAAUUUAUUCUUCGAUCUUGGGACCAGUGAUGAUAGUAGUUCUGAGGAUGGUGAUGAUAGUAGGUUAGAGGAUACGGAUACCUCUAUGAAUACAAGUUGUCCAUCGAAAGGCAACCAUUCUGGCGGUGGCGAGGCCAACUAUGGAAAGAUUAAGGACUUCCAUAGAAAUGAGAUCAUGUCAAUGGAAGCUGCUGGAAUCCGUAAGCAUGUCAUAAGAGAUGUUCUUCAAUGCAGAUAUGGAGGAUAUGACAAAGUUGGCAUUGUUACUAAGGAUAUUUACAACUAUUGUUCUAAGAACAAGAGGUCAAGAAUCGCAGAAGGUGAUGCAAGGAUAGUUCUAGGUCUCAUGCUGAAGAGGAAGAACAGUGAUCAGAUUUUUAUUUUGAUUAUAAAGUCGAUGAUGACACGUCUGAUGAGCUUACUUUGGUGCGAUACUCAAUCUCGUAUGGACUACCAAUCAUUUGGUGACGUGGUCGUCUUUGACAGCACUUAUCGGAUGAACAGAUCUUCACAGUCGCAGCCAGUGCAUUUAACAAAACACAAUGAGAUUGAAGUGGCUUGUUCCCGUAUAUUUACGGCUGCUAACUUUUAUAUGUUGCAACAUGAAUUAUUGAAGAUUAAUGAUUAUCAUAUACAGGACAGGAUUAUUGCUAUGGAUUCAUCAAGAUAUUUUCUAGUACACAAUGGGAAGAACAAAUCAGUGUUUCUGGUGGACUACUGGUCUGAUACUUCAGAUGCAAGAAUUGAAGCGUUAGAGAAUAGAUAUUUAUUUUGGUCAAGAUCCAAAUAG